GGCAGCGGCCGUGGCGCCAAAACGCGAACAUGGCGCCGGAGCGGCUAAGGAAACGGGCAAUAUCCGCCUUCAAGCUGCGUGGCUUGCUGCUCCGGAGUGAAGCUGUUAAGUACCUCACAGAAGCCCUUACGCCUAUCAGUGAAGUAGAGCUUGAAGAUGCGCUGGAAAAGAUCAUUGAUGCUGUUGAAAAGCAACCCUUGUCAUCAAACAUGAUUGAACGAUCUGUAGUGGAAGCAGCAGUCCAGGAAUGCAGUCAGUCUGUAGAUGAAACUAUGGAACAUAUUUUCAAUAUCAUAGGAGCAUUUGAUAUUCCACGCUUUGUGUACAGUUCAGAAAGAAAAAAAUUUCUUCCUCUAUUAAUGACCAACCACCCUGCACCAAAUGUAUUUGGAACAGCAAGAGAUAAAGCAGAGUUGUUUCGUGAACGAUAUACCAUUUUGCACCAGAGGACCCACAGACAUGAAUUAUUUACUCCUCCAGUAAUAGGUUCUCAUCCUGAUGAAACCGGAAGCAAAUUCCAGCUUAAAACAGUAGAAACCCUAUUGGGCAGUACAACCAAAAUUGGAGACGUGAUUGUUCUUGGAAUGAUAACCCAGUUAAAAGAGGGAAAAUUUUUUCUGGAAGAUCCUACGGGAACAGUACAACUGGAUCUUAGUAAAGCUCAGUUCCACAGUGGUUUAUACACAGAGUCAUGCUUUGUCUUAGCAGAAGGUUGGUUUGAAGAUCAGGUGUUUCAUGUCAAUGCCUUCGGAUUUCCACCCACUGAACCCUCUAGUACUACUAGGGCAUACUAUGGAAAUGUUAAUUUUUUUGGAGGACCUUCUAAUACAUCUGUGAAGACUUCUGCAAAACUAAAACAACUAGAAGAAGAGAAUAAAGAUGCUAUGUUUGUGUUUGUAUCUGACGUUUGGUUAGACCAAGGAGAAGUGUUGGCAAAACUUCACACCAUGUUUUCUGGUUAUUCACCAGCACCUCCAACCUGCUUUAUUCUGUGUGGUAAUUUUUCAUCUGCACCAUAUGGAAAAAAUCAAGUUCAAGCUUUGAAAGAUUCCUUAAAAACUUUGGCAGACAUAAUAUGUGAAUAUCCAAAUAUCCACCAAAGUAGUCGUUUUGUGUUUGUUCCUGGUCCAGAGGAUCCUGGAUUUGGUUCCAUUUUACCAAGGCCACCACUUGCUGAAAGCAUCACUGACGAAUUCAGACAAAGAGUACCAUUUUCAGUUUUUACUACUAAUCCUUGCAGAAUUCAGUACUGUACACAAGAAAUUAUUGUCUUCCGUGAGGACUUAGUGAAUAAAAUGUGCAGAAACUGUGUCCGGUUUCCUAGUAGCAAUUUGGAUAUUCCUAAUCAUUUUGUAAAGACGAUCUUAUCCCAAGGACACCUGACCCCUCUGCCCCUGUAUGUCUGCCCAGUAUACUGGGCGUAUGACUACGCCCUGAGAGUGUACCCUGUGCCUGAUCUCCUGGUCAUUGCAGACAAAUACGAUCCUUUCACUCUGACCAAUACAGAAUGCCUCUGCAUGAACCCGGGCUCUUUUCCAAGAAGUGGAUUUUCAUUCAAAGUUUUUUAUCCAUCCAGUAAGAUAGUAGAAGACAGCAAACUGCAAGGUUUCUGAGAUUCUAAGACCAUCCGAAGACAGAAAAUUCAUCAGUUCCUGCUUAAUUUUAUAUUUAUGUAAUUUUGAUAAGUUACAAUAAAAUUAUGAUAAACU